AUGGGUGUCACUGUUUUGAGUGGGAAAGCGCAGUUUGACGAACUCAUCAAUAGCGGCAAAAUUAUCAUCAUCGACUUUUGGGCGCCUUGGUGCGGGCCUUGUAGAAUAAUUUCACCUGUUUUCGAAAAGUUGUCGGGGGAAAUAUCAGGCCCGGAAUUCUACAAGGUAGACGUCGACGAGGAGCCGGACAUUGCCCAGGAGGUUGGUGUCAGAGCUAUGCCGACAUUUGUAGCUUUCAAAGAUGGAGGCAAGGUCGGCGAACUAGUCGGUGCUGAUCCUUCAAGGCUUACCGAACUGGUUAAGCAAUUUGCUGCUUGA